AUGGGUGCUUUGAAGAGAACCGAGUCCUGCCUUUCACUCCUCGACCUUGUCGAGUCUAACCAACAACCAUCACGCCCACCACCGACCCCUACUAAGGAUGCGGCUGCUAUCCCCUAUACACGUUCACUCCAGUACCAGGCCGACCAACGCGCUGCUCGCCGCAAGCUGAACACAAGUAAACAGGCGGGGGACAGCUCGAUUGCAUUCCCUGCUCCCCCUGCCGUGCCACCACGCCGAAUCCCCUCGCAGCAAUCACAAUCUCCAGCACCACGCCCCUCUUCCAACACCCGCUCAUCACGCUCUCGGAACAUCAACACUGUUGUGAUCUCCAACGCGUCCUCCUCAACGCGGCGGAAUGUUCCACCAUCAAAGGUCAUCCUACCGUCAGCCAAGAAUCUACAUGCCGUGGCUGUCUAUUCGACACAGCGAACGUCAUCGCCUUUGGCCCCUGUGCAGACUGUGCUCCCUGAUCGACCCAUAUUCCCCCGGUCAAGAACGGAACCUGACCUCUACAAGAAAGCCCUCAUCGGAAGGAUGAAGACUACGGACCAAGGCAGACGGGUAUUGCGAAUGGGCCCGCGACUGGCAAUCUCAGUGUGGAUGGCGACGCAAGAUUUGGAGAAGAUGGUGCAGGAUACGAUACAGCGGGAGCGGGACCUUGACAUCAUCAUGGGUGACUCGCAGGAUGCACCUGAGCCAACCCCGUGUCCGGUCCCUGCCCGCAACGAGUCCCAACCGGCGCCACCAGUGCUUACCAACUCAUGGGUUGUCGUCAAACCCAGCGAAGAUUGGGAGAUGGUCGACUGCUCGGCUUGAUUGACUCGACCAUCGUGAUGUCGCGCUUAACCUUGUGAAAGGGUGCGACCUAUCGAAGCGCCUCCAUACUCGCCGCGACUGGUCUCGAUCCGAACCCCUCGCUCGUUUCAUGAUUUCAACGACCUUUCUCGCACUCCGCUAUCUAACUUAUCGUCUCCACACACUUCGCUUUUCUUUCUCCUGUUCUCACUUUACCCUGGAAACGGUUGUACCAUUAUCUUUCGCCAUUCGCUUUGUUGUUGUACAAGCAGCUGUUGUGUUUCUAUCCUGUUGUUUGUGGACGGACGGUUUCUCUGUUGUAUCGCCUCUGAUUUUUUGAUCCACCGAUUGUUGGAUUUUCAUGGAUCCAUCGCCCUUUGCUACUCUAUUGGCUACCUUUAGCAUGCAUAUGUACUUCUAUCCGCACAUCACCAUCAACCAUCUUUCUUCGAGUUCAUCCCUACUCUAUACAUGUAGCUCUUCCGGAUAGUUUCGCUUUUGUUUCAUCUCUCC